UAGGGGUCAACCAUGGAGCUGUAGCUCAGAUGCCCGAGCGGAUCGCCACCGGAGGAGGAGAGCGCUGCAAUGAACAAGACCAAGAGGAAACCCAAUGCUGAGACUCCCGGCGGGCUGAAGAGCAAGAAGCUGGUCCAGCGCCGGAGGAACACAUGCCCCAGUCCGCAGGACAUCAGCAAGGCCCUGCAGAGCCCCAGCUCUGCGCCCAGCGCCAGCGCCGCCAGCCUGGACGAGCUCAUCCAGCGCUGCCUCAACUGUUUCGAUUCGGAGGGGAAGAUGCCCAGCUCCCGCGGUUCGCAGCUGGUCCACAUGACCCUGAUGAUGCACAGCUGGGUGGUUCCGUCUCAGAUGUUCGUCCAGAAACUCCUCACCUUAUAUCCUUUGAGCCACUGCUGCUGGACCGACUGGAGCUCCGCUCCAAAAUCACAUGUUUAGAAAGUUAUAAUCAGAUCAGCAAACAGCCAAAGCUUUGUUUGGACUCCUGCAGAGCAGCUGGGAGUUCACAUUCAUAUCCUUCAUUCAGGUUUGAAUCUUUGACUCCAUUUCCUGUCACUUAUAAGGAUUGUCCCGUAGACAAACGGGGACUGAGGCGGGCGCAGAUCUGCCACCUGGUCAGGCAGUGGAUCAGCCAGUUCCCGGCCGUUUUUGAGAAGGACCCCCUCCUGGAGCAGACCAUGGGGGAUCUAUGGGAGCUGGUCCGGCUGGACGGAGAGAAGACGCACUCGCAGCUCAUCGACACCUCCUGCAUAAACCCUCAUCUGAACGCAUCGCAGGCGCCUUCGCCCUCGGUGAAGAAGAGGAAGGUGUCGUUAAUAUUCGACCACAUGGAGCCGGAUGAGAUGGCCGAGCAUCUGAGCUACCUGGAGUUCAAAAACUUCUGCAACGUCUCGUUCCUGGACUACCGCAGCUACGUGGUGCGAGGUUCUGUGAGGGACAACCCGGCGCUGGAGCGGUCCGUCAUGAUGUGCAACGGCGUCUCGCAGUGGGUCCAGCUGAUGAUCCUCAGCAGACACACCCCCCAGCAGAGAGCCCAGGUCUUCACCAAGUACAUCCAUGUGGCUCAGAAACUGAGAGCCUUGCAAAACUUUAACACUCUAAUGGCGGUGACCGGAGGCCUCUGUCACAGUUCGAUCUCUCGCCUCAAAGACACGUCCAACCUGCUGCCCCCUGACAUCACCAAGGUCCUGAGUGAAUUCACAGAACUCCUCUCUUCGCGGAGCAACUACAGCAACUACCGGCGGGUCUACAACGAGUGCAGGGGCUUCAAGGUGCCCAUCCUGGGUGUCCACCUGAAGGACCUGAUCUCGCUCAACGAGGCGCUGCCGGACUACAUAGACGAGGAGAAGAUCAACCUGAGCAAACUGCAGCACCUGUACAGCAACAUCAACGACCUGCUGGCCAUUCACAGCUGCAAGCCGCCGUUCGAGGCCAACAAAGACCUUCUGCAUCUGCUCACGCUGUCUUUAGAUUUGUACUACACAGAGGAUGAGAUAUAUGAGCUGUCAUACAACAAGGAGCCCAAAAACCCUAAGAUUCAGCCUGUCGCUCCUGUUAAACCGCCAGUAGUGGCAGAAUGGGGAUCUGGGGUCACCCCCCGGCUCGACUCCGACACCAUCUCAAAACACGUCAAACAGAUGGUGGAUUCCAUCAUGAAGAACUACGACCUGAACCAGGACGGCUACAUUUCACUGGAGGACUUUGAGAAAAUAGCAGCCAACUUUCCAUUCACCUACUGUACUCAAGAAACUGACAGGGAGGGGCAAAUCAGCCGAGAAGAAAUCACCUCUUACUUCAUGAGAGGAAUGUCCGUCUGCGCUAAGCUAGGCUACAACUUCAACGAAACGCAUAACUUCCACGAGACGACGUACAAGCGGCCGACGUUCUGCGACACGUGUGGAGGCUUUCUGUGGGGCGUCAUCAAACAGGGCUAUCACUGCAAAGAUUGUGGGAUAAACUGUCACCGACACUGCAGGGAUCUGGUGCGGACGGGUUGCCAGAAGAAACACAAAAACACAACCGGGUCAUGUCCAUGCACUCCUGGUCCUGACUCCAGAACCAAGGGCAACAGCUGGAGUUCAGAGGAAGAGGCCUUCGUUUUCCCCCAAAGCAACGACACUGAACAGAACAGAGUAAUGUCAGACUGGACACAGAACAUGGGCGAUUCCACGCUGUCGGACCGCUCCACUCAGACCGACCCCGGGGUUUGGACGCCUGAGAGGAAAGACCGGAGGGGAAACCACCUCAACUGUGUUGGACACGCGUCCCCUGACAGACGGGCCAAGACGCUGCCACACCGAAGCAGAGGUUGCUCCAUGCCGGUUUCCUUCCUCCAGGACAAGCUGGACGAGCUUCAUCUGCACAAAGACAAAAGCCGAGAGCCGGACUGAACGCUCCUCUUCCUGCUCGGACAAAAAGCCAACCGGCGCCGCCGCCAUAUUUGUUCCGCCGCUGACGUCGAACUUAUCAGACUCUUGGCUGUAAAUGGACUUCAUAGUUGUGACGUUCUUGUUAGUUUGACUCUGGAGUUUUCAAGCAUUGUUUUGUUUUGUUUGUUUCCUGUGUAAUUUAUGAAAACCUUGUUUUAUUUGAAGAACACGUGCCUUGCAUUUCUGGUGCUAAGAUGAAUUUCUGCAAAUCUACAGACAUUUCUUGGGACACACAGCUUCCUGCACACAGGAGCAGGGUAGGAAAUUAACACUAAGCAGCAAAAACAAAUAGUUCAACUUCGGCAGCUAUAUGACGAAUGAUUAGUAAAUUGGGUAAGUAAACACAUGACUUUAUUUGGGAUUGGAUUUGAUGUCACUGAAACUGAUGCUGCGUUCCAGCUUUACUAAGAGCUGGGAAAUGCCGACUUCCUGUUUCAAUAUGGCCGCUCCUCACAUCAAUAGUAGCAAGAUGUGUUGGAAACAUGUUUAUUUUUUCAAGAUGUGCAAAAAUGUGCCUCAAAUCAACGUUACAUGUAGCAUCUGAAACUACAUAACAUGAAAAAAUUAAAGGUGGAAACUGUCACUUGAAAUGUAUUGAAAACGAUGUUUAUGGGUAUCGCCAUGUUGUUACCUUGGGGAAAAUCCAGCUUCAAGUUCCCACUUCCCAGGUAUUAGGGCCACAAUAAGAAAAUAAAUUAAAAUUAAAGUAAAAAGAGAAUAAAGUUGUAAGANAAUGNAGUCAAAAUAAUACAAUACUUAUGACUUUUCAAAUUUUGAUUUUAAUCUCGACAAUUUUUUGCAAUUGUAUUUCCACUGGAUUCGUUAAUACUAUUACGACUUGCAUUUCUACUGCUUUCUCGUAAAACUGAAUAUUCUUGUAAAGUUGUCUUGUAAAUUCUUGAUAUAACUUAUUACAAUUUGUAUUUCAGCUUAUUGGACAACUAUGAGAAUAUAGCCAAAAUAAUACGAUUAAGUCUUUGUAUUAUGAGAAUAGACAGAUUACCACUGAAUGAGUUAGUUGAAUAUGAGAAAAGUCAUGACAGUCGUUUACAACCUCUUGUAUUAUUUCAACUUUAUUCUGGUAAAGCUGUAAUACUGACUUUAUUCUCAUUUUAUUUGUUUAGUGUGGCCCUAAAACUGUUUUGUACGAGGUAACUGGAAUGCAGUGCGACAUUGGGCUCUUUAUGCACCCCUUCAUAAUGUUUUGAAGCAACAUGCCAACAAAAUGUUUAUUUCCUGCCCUGAAAAUAAAAUUUCUUCAUUUACGGUUCAGCAGGACUGCACUGGAACAACACACGGUCUAAUUAUUCUCAUCUUCCUCCUUUUGUCCUUUGUUGAUUUCAGUUUUAUCAAACAAAUAAAGAGAAAUACAAAUACAGUCAUAAGUUAAGUGUUGUGUUUGACUUUCCUUUAAAAAUUGGGAACCAAAAAGACAUUUUCCACACAUCUGUAGGUGUUUACAACUGUGUUUAUUGUAUAAAGACAAGACAGCUGGCGUAACUGGUCAAAAACUCUGAUUCUGUUUUUUUUUUUUAAAGGUAGAAAAAAACUGGCUUGAACUACAGGACUCAAACAGCAAU